AUGGUUGGUAAUGAACGGGGGCAUCAGUUGUAUUCAGUUUCAAUGAAUCACAGAAGGGCUGAGAGUAUCUCAACACCAUUCUUCGUGACUAAUUUCCCUCGAGAAGCAAACGUCAAGACAUCAUGGGAGGCCUGUGAUAAGGUUGGGCGGGUGGUUGAUGUAUAUGUUGCUAGGAAAUUAUCAAAACUUGAUGAUGGGGAUGCUCCUUUGGCGGUUAAAGGUGUGUGUAUUAAGACUGGGAAACCUUUUUUCAUCCAAGAUACGAUUAAAGUGGUUGCUCAAGGUGUUGAAUAUGGGGUUGUGGUGUGUGAAAUUUCAAAAUUGGGAACCGAAAUUAUGGAGGAGGGAGAAAUAGGGUCAGAUAUUCCGGACCUGUCAGGGGGAGAGGAAGAAGUUGCUUGUUUUGAUGAUGAUGUGAAUGAUUUUAUCAAUCUAUAUAAUGAUUAUAAGGUUGAUGAGGGGCAUGAGAACUCUUUUAGGAUGGAUAAUACACCUAUUAAUGGUGUUAGAGGGGUUGGAUUUGUUGAUAGAAACGGAAUAUUUUUUCAAACAAAUAAUAAAAGAAAAGGCGAUGGAGUUGUGGAUAGGAGGUCCUGUAUGCCAAAUGUUGCUGUCACGAGAGGUGUCGCUGAAAAUAAAUGUAAUCCGAUGAUGCCUUCUACGGUUAUGGAGAAUGGUUGUAAGUUGCAUGGUGAUUCGCCCCAUUUGGUAGAUGAUGUGGAUGGCGAGGGGGUAGCCGAAUAA